CAGCAGCGGUUGUGAACGCGCACGGCUCAUACGGCCGCUAGCCCGGACUGCAGGCGCACGGCGACCGACGAGCGGUACCGUAGCACACAGCACGCCAUCGACGCGGCUGCCUGAGCAGCGGACGUCGCACCGCGCGGCUGCCCAAAGCACCAGUGGCUGCCCAAGCACAGCGGAGGACCGCGUUGCUGCCAAAAAGCACCACCAUGGGCCCGACGCGCACGACGACGCGAGGACAAACGCUGACGCGCGGCGUCGAGGACAAGGCCGCCGAUAUCCUGGCGCUUGCCCGCUCGCUCGUGCACGAAAACGACGCGACAUUAGGACGGAGCCAGUCGACGCUGCGCAAGACGAUGAGGAAAACACAGACGCAGCGCGCCUCCACCACAAGCCCCACCUCGAAGCUGCGCACGACGCGCUGGAAGAGCCGGACCAUGCAACAACUCGCUUCUGGCAAAAGACCGGAGCUCGAUUUUGGUGCAUCUAAAGACGAAUUGGCAAACUUUGACAACGACGGCCAGUUGAUGUCCAUCAAGGACCACUGCGCCGUGCCGCCGCCGGAACCGCGUAAGCCGAUAAUAGAGCCGCCGACGGACGUCGAGGCGCUACGUCGAGACUACGACGCGCGCUUCUCCGGUUUACAUGCCUACGGUCCCACCGGCGCCACACGUUUGGAGGAGCUCGUGGAGGCCGCUUUAGCCGCGUCCGAACGAGCGGUAGCCGCCUACAAGGCCGAGAAGCGGGCCGCGCACCGGUCUUCGUCACAGAUCGUGCCGCGCGCGACGACCUGCGCCGCUUUACUGGCGUCGUCGGGCCGCGUGCACGUCGCAUGUGCCGUCCGGUCGAACACGGACGCAGCUCUAAGUGUGAGUGCGGAAAGAGCAGUGGUGCUACGAGCGGUCGCGGACGGAGAUCGCAAGUUCAUUGGACUGGUCGUCGCGGACGCGAACUCCGAGGAGCUGCCCGUGCCCGACGGUGCUGCCCGGCAAGUUUUAGCGGAGUACGGCGACUUCCCCGUCUACCUCGUCAAUAGGGAUUUGCGCGCGCGGCGCGUGACGACGCACGAGCUCUUUCCCUUGCGGGUCAAGGCGGGGCACGCGAACGCCAACGCGCCUCUGGCGACGACGCUGCCGGCGACGGCCGGCGAGGCCUUAGACGACGCGUUAACGGGCCACGUCGCCAAAGCUGUCAGAGACACCGCGGCGCGCGAGGUGCUUACCGGCCGCCACGGCUCUCCUUCAGCUUCGCCGAAGCGCAAAUCGCGGCGGCGCUCAAAGUCUUCAGAUUCUGAUUCUAGCUCUUCUCCGAAGCGCAAGUCGCGACGAGAUUCGGACUCCGACAGCUCGCCGGAACGAUCGAGACGACGCCGAUCUGCUUCGUCGGACUCCGACGUAUCCAGAGAAGAGGACUCGGGCUCGGACAUCGAAGCAACCGACAAGCCGGCGGACCCGCGGGCCUGGACGGUGGACGACGUCGCGGCGUUCGUCCUCGAGACCACGAAACAACCAGCACAUGCCGCGACGUUCAAGAGGGCCAAGGUCAACGGCGCCUUGCUCAUGCGCAUCGACGCGCAGGAUUUGGAAGAAACAUUAAAAAUCGACAAGGCCCUGGAUCGACGGCGGUUGUGCACGGCCCUCGACAAACUUAGGAGAAGUACCCACUCCAAAAACGCGCGGAGGCACGAUGCUGGACUCAAAGGUGAUAAACAGGCUCGGAAGGAGCUCGACGGCUACAUCGACACGCUAGACCGAGACCGGGUGAGGUGCGUCGCGAGGCUCAAGGUGGCCUUCGACGCGCAAGCACCUCAAAAAGAAGGUGUAGAUGAAAACGAUAGGGCAUUGGAUUCCGAGCAGCUCCAUCGAGCAUUCAAGUCGCUGCGGCGCGACCUCAACGCGCCCCACGUCCGCGAGUGGUUCGACGACCUGAACGACAAGGCGCUGACGUUCCUCGAUUUUGUUGACGCGUACGUGGCCCUCUUUGCGUCGGAAGAUCCGGACCUGAAACUGUCGCACGGCGCGGCGAAGGCCUUGGGGGACCGGGUCAAGGUCCUCGCGUCGGGCCACGUCCAACUAAGCAAGGAGAAAGAGCCAGAGAAGAGUAAGCCGAAGAAGACGGAGAUCGCUGAUGCUCUGAAAAAAACAAAGAAGCGGUCGUCCUCCGCAUCUUCAUCUGAUAGUGAGGACGACGGCAAGGUCUGGAAGCCCAAGGGCGACGCCCAGGCGGCCGCGCGCGCGGCCGACGAGACGCUCGGCAGCGUGCGGUGCUGACCCAGCGUCUGUUGCCGAACCUUUCUGAACUUCAGGCUGCGUCGACGGCGUCGUCGCGAUCUCGCCUCGUGGGUGUGUACGGAGACAGUUCCGCGAUUGUAUAUGUUCCACACAGGCGCCUCGCGGAACUGAAGCAGAAAUUCGACCGCUUCGCCGUCGACGAUUUGUUGACCGGCGCCGAGGCCCUCCAAGCCCUCACGGAGCUCGGCUGUACCAUUCCUCGACGUGCUGCGGCGGCCUACUUUCGGGAACGGGGCGCGCAGGGCGGGCCGUCGCGCGACGUGAGCUUCUUCGAGUUCUUAAGGGCGUUUGCUGCUUUGGAGCUUGAGGACGAGCCGUUGUCGCGAGGUAGAUCUAGGUCGCGGUCGUCGGGCUCGGACUCGUCGCGCGAGCGCCUCGACCGCAAGGUGAACAAGGCGGCGCGGCGCACGCGCGACAAGAGGGUCGAGGCCGCGAAGGAGACGGCUAGACGGUCGCGGCGCGCCAUCGGCCGGGCCCGCGACGACAGCUCGUCGUCGCGGUCGCGAUCGCGGUCUCCCAAGAAGCGGCGGGGCCGCUUCCGGCGCGGCGACGCCGUCGAGGCCCGUUUUGAUGGAGAGGGCGACUACGAGGGCGCCAAGGUGUCCAAGGUCCAUGAUGACAAGACCUACGAUUUGACCUUUGAUGACGGGCGGAAGCUGCGCCGCGUCAAGGAGCGGAAGAUCCGGAGCCUGGACUCGGGCAGCGAGGACGAUCGUAGAAAGCGUAGAAAGGACAAGGGUAGUGAUGACGACGACCGCCGGCGCAAGGAGCGGAAGCGCUACGAGCGGCGGGACUCGUCGGACGAUGAAGAAUCAUUCCGGGAGGGGGACAAGGUCGACGCUAAAAUCGGCGGCAGGUCGCGGCGCCCCGGCAAGAUUCGGAAGGCCCACGCCGACGGCACCUACGACAUUGAAAUGGAGGAUGGUGAACGCGAGCGCAACGUGCCCGCGGAGCAGAUCCGCAAGGCCAAAAAGUCCAAGUCGAAGUAUAGCGAGGGCGACCGCGUCGAGGUCAAAAUAAAAUCGAAAUGGGUGAAGGGCAAGGUCAAGCGCACGCACAAGGACGGGACUCUUGACGUCGACGCGUCGAACGGCGAGAAGGCGCGUCGUAUUGACCCCGAGGACGUGCGCGCCCGCGACGACGGUUCUGAUGGCGAUGAGUCCAAGAUGGGCGUCGGCGACAAGGUGCGCGCCAGGUACAAGGUCCGUGACUCGGCGCGGAAAUUGAAUUUAACGCCGUCGGCGCGUGUCUCGCGACGGGUCCGUUCGACGCAGGGCCGCGCGAAGGAAUACGACGGCGUCAUCAAGGAGGCGCAUCAUGAUGGCACUUUCACGAUCAAGUCUGCUGCAGUGCAUAAAGCAAUUUGUCGCGGCUCGUCUCCGCCACCGCUGAAUCAUGGCCUCCACGCCAUCGACGCGACGCCAGUUCGAUGGCAUGGCAACGCGGUCUCUCACCGAUCGAUUCCGAGCACCCGACUCACCGUCCGAUUCCCGCACAGGUAUGACGACGGCGAGAUCGAGACCUACGUGAACAAGAAGUUCAUCACGGUGACGCGGGCGAAGAGCCGCAGCCGCAGCCGGUCGAAGAGCGACGAUAGUCGCUCGAAGAAGAAGCGCCGCGAUAGGUCGCGCUCGUCGUCGUCGGACCGGUCGCGGAGCCCGAAGCGCGGGCGGAAGCUCCGCGAGGGCGAUAAAUGCGAGGCGCGGUUCCGAGGCAAGUCGUCUGCCAAGUACGGACGCGGUGUCCUCCGACCUUCGACCUUCGGCCCUCGCCGCGACACGCUCGCAUCGCGCAGGUACUACAAAGGCAAGGUGUCUCGCAUCCAUUCGGACGGCACUAUAGAUGUGAAGUGCGCUUUCCGCGUCUGAGGCCUCCAGCUCGCGGCGAUGGCGUUACGUGUGUUCUCCGCAGGUACGACGACGGAGACGUGGAUAAGAACCUCAAGGCCAAGCACGUCAAAGCCCUCGACGCCGGUUCCGAUUCCGACGGCAGCGCGCGGAAGAAGAGGCGCGACCGGAGCCGCUCGCGUAGCCGCAGCCGUUCCCGCAGCCGGAGCCCGAAGCGCGGGCGCAAGCUCCGCGAGGGCGACAAGUGCCAGGCCCACUUCCGGGGCAAAUCAUCGGCAAAGCUGUUCGAAUCCAGCGCCUUAGUCGUCUCGUGCUCGCCAUCAUAAGCAAUGUCGCAGGUACCCGGGCAAGGUCGUCAAGAUCCAUUCCGACGGUACCGUGGACGUGAAGCGGGUCACGGCGUGGAAAUCAAGACUCGCCCACGCCGUCGACGCGUUCCCCGGACUCCCUCACUCAGUGGAUGAUGUCCGCACAGGUAUGAGGACGGCGACAGCGACACGCGGCUCAAGGAGAAGUACGUGAAGGCGCUCGAUUCCGGGUCCGACUCGGACCGGAAGCGCUCGCGCUCGCGCAGCCGCAGCCCCGCGAAGUUCAGGGAGGGCGACAAGGUCGAGGCCCGCCUAUCGGGCCAGAGCAAGUGGUCCAAGGCCAAGGUCCGGCGCGUGCGGGACGACACCUACGACCUCGAGUUCGAUGAUGGCGAGCGCGAAAAGCGCGUGAAGCCUAAAUACAUACGGAAGCGCGGCGGGUCGCGGAGCCGGUCGCGGUCGCGGAGCCGGAGCCGCAGCCCGCGCGGCCGGAAGCUGCGCGAGGGAGAUAAGUGUGAGGCCCGCUUCCGUGGAAAAUCGAGCGCCAAGUAUUACAAAGGCAAGGUGUCUCGUAUCCACAGUGAUGGCACGAUCGACGUCAAGUCGGUACUGUGUGGAAAUCAAAUUUCACUGCAACGCGAUUCGACGCGACGUUGUUCAUGCAAUUGCGUCUGCUCGAUGGCGUGGAGGUUGACGAAGGUCUCGCAAUUAUGCUCAGGAUAACCUAUCUUACUGGUUGACCUCCACACAGGUAUGACGACGGAGAUACGGAUAAGAAUCUCAAGGCCAAGCACGUGAAAGCCCUCGACGCGGGGUCCGAUUCCGACGGCAGCGCGCGGAAGAAGCGGCGCGACCGGAGCCGCUCGCGUAGCCGCAGCCGUUCUCGGAGUCGCAGCCGCAGCCCUCGCGGGCGGAAGUUGCGGGAGGGCGAUGCAUGUGAGGCACGCUUCCGUGGGAAAUCGUCGGCGAAAUACUAUAAAGGCAAGGUGUCUCGCAUUCAUAGUGAUGGCACUAUAGAUGUAAAGUGCGGUUCAGCGUCUGAGACUUCCAGCUCGCGGCGAUGGCGUGCCCCCCCACGCCAUCGACGCGACGUGUUCCUCCACAGGUACGACGACGGCGAUACGGAUAAGAACCUCAAGGCCAAGCACGUCAAGGCUCUCGACUCGGGCAGCGAAAGUGACGGCAGCGCGAAGAAGGACAAGUUCCGCGAAGGUGAUAAGAUAACUGCACGAUACCGCGGCCUGGAAAAGUACUACAAGGGCGUCAUCCGCCGGGCGCAUUCGGACGGGACGUUCUCGAUUGAUUGUGCGACGCGGCGCCCGUCAUGUACUGUUCACUGUUCACGCAAUUUGCCCACGCAGACGACGACGGCGAGAAGGAGAGCCACGUCAAGGAGCGCUACAUCAAGAAGCGGUCUAGUUCUCGGAGCCGCUCGCGGUCGCGGAGCCGCAGCCGCAGCCCGAAGCGCUCGAAGAAACCGCGCGAGGGCGACCGGGUCGAGGCCGAUUUUAAAUCUAGGGGGAAAUUCUAUGCCGGAAAAGUGACGCGCGUGCGCUCGGAUGACACCUACGACAUUGAAUUUGACGAUGGAGAUUCCGAGAAGCGGGUUGAGUUAAAACGGAUCAAGGUCAAGGGCGGCGACCGGAGUCGUUCUCGGUCGCGGAGCCGCUCGCGGAGCCCGAAGCGCGGGCGGAAGCUGCGCGAGGGAGCGAAAAUUGAGGCGCGGUAUCGUCCGGGCGCGGCGCGGAAAAUCACCGAGUUCUGUCGUCACAUUUUCCACUCAGGCGGCCGCUCGAAGUUCUACCCCGGCAAGAUUAGCCGUGAUCGGCGCGACGGGACCUACGACAUCAGCUAUGAAGAUGGGGAGCACGAGACGCGCGUGAAGGAGGAAUUCAUCAAGGCGCUGGACUCGGACUCCGACGACGACCGGCGCUCCUCGUCGAAGAAGCCCCGUGAAGGAGACAAAUGCGAGGCCGAAUUCAAGAACACUGGUAAAUUCUACCCCGGAACGGUCAAGCGCGUGCAUGGGGACGGCACUUGCGAUAUCGUCUUCGUCUGAGCGCGGCGUGGAAAAUCACCGCGAGUUCUAUAUCAUCAUAAUUUUAACUCGACACAGGACGACGGCGAUAAGCAGAGCUACGUCGAGGCCUCGCGCAUCAAGGUCAAGGGCGGCCGGAGCCGUUCCCGGAGCCGGUCGCGCUCGCGGAGCCGCAGUCGCAGCCCGCGCGGCCGGAAGUUGAGGGAAGGGGACAAGUGCGAGGCACGGUUCCGUGGCAAGUCGUCGGCCAAAAUGUACCCGGGGAAGGUCACUCGUAUUCAUAGUGAUGGCUCGAUCGACGUCAAGUGGCGGUCGGAGUAGAAAUCAAAUUUCAUUCGACGCGAAGUUGUCCAUGUAAUUGCGUCUGCUCGAUGGCGUGGAGUUUGACGAGGGUCUCUCUCACUGGUUGAUUUCCACACAGGUAUGACGACGGGGACAGCGACCGAAACUUGAAGCCGUCGCACGUGAAGGCGUUGGACUCAGGGAGUGAUCGGAGCCGAUCCCGUUCCCGCAGUCCGUCGCGGGGCCGCAUGCGCGUCGGCACGCGCGUGGAGGCGCGAUACCGGUACUGAUUCGGCGUUCACUUACAAUUACCUCACUCACUGGUCGUUUUCGCAGGGGCCGGAGCAAGAAAUACCCUGGCAAGAUCUCGAGGGUUCACGCGGACGGCAGUUUUGACGUCGCUUGUAUGACCAGUGUUUUUUGAGGCGCCUUCGACUUCCGCGGCAUCGAUACGACGCCUGAUUCCAGCCGUGAUUUUGAUGGUUUGAUCACACAGACGACGACGGUGAAUCCGAGACGCGCGUCGAGGCCCGCCUCAUCACGGCGCUCGGCGGCGGAGACAGCGACUCCGAUCGUGGGUCAUCCGACAAAUUGCGAGAAGGCGACGCCGUCGAGGCCCGAUACCGCGGCCGCGAGAAGUAUUAUCCGGGCAAGAUCGACCGAGACCGGCGUGAUGGUACGUACGACAUUGCCUACGAAGAUGGGGAACGAGAGACGAGGGUCGAGGCCAGGCUAAUCCGCAAGAAGCGUGGGAGCAGCCGGAGCCGGAGCCGGUCCCGGAGUCGUAGCCCGUCGCGGGGACGCAUGCGCGUCGGCACGCGCGUGGAGGCGCGGUACCGGUACUGGUUCAGCGUCAAAAUUACAAUUACCUUCAUCACUGGUCGAUUCCGUCGCGCAGGGGUCGUAGCAAGAAGUAUCCAGGAAAGAUUUCUCGGGUCCACGCUGACGGAAGCUUCGACGUGGCCUAUGAUGACGGCGAGAGUGAGACUCGGGUCGAGGCACGCCUCAUCACGCCGCUUGACGGCGGGGGCGGCGACUCCGACCGCCGAAGCGAUCGGUUCCGCGAGGGAGACAAGAUCGAAGCCGAUUAUAGAGGCCGCGGCAAGUUCUACCCGGGCAAAAUUAGCAGAGACCGCGGGGACGACACCUACGAUAUUGACUACGACGACGGCGAGCGGGAAACGCGCGUCUCGAAGCGCCUAAUCCGCAAGAAGGACCGAUCGAGGUCGCGUUCGCGUUCUCCGCGCGGCGGCGGCCGCCUACGAGAGGGCGACAAGAUCGAAGCCGACUAUCGCGGCCGAGGCAGAUUUUAUCCGGGCAAGAUCGACCGGGAUCGGCGCGACGGCACCUACGACAUUGCCUACGACGACGGGGAGCGGGAGACGCGCGUGGAAGAACGCCUGAUCCGCAAGAAGGGUGGGAGCCGCAGCCCGAGCCCCAAACGGGGCCGCAAGCUCCGCGAGGGAGCCAAGGUUCAAGCUCGAUAUCGUAUGGGCGCCAGUGUGGAAUCCCGUUCGACAGUCUAUGUUUACUUUUUCCAAAUUCAGGUGGACGGUCGAAAUUCUAUCCGGGCCGCAUCGAACGCGACCGAGGGGACGGGACGUACGACAUCUACUGUAACGCGACACAGUGUCUACGCCCUCGACGCGCCGCGUCUCACGAUUUCUCCACACACAGAUGACGACGGCGAGAAGGAGACGCGCGUGGCCGAGGAUCUCAUCAAGAGCGCGGACUCGGGGAGCGAUCGGAGCCGUUCCCGGAGCCGCAGUCCGUCGCGGGGCCGGAUGCGCGUCGGAACAAGAGUAGAGGCUAGAUAUCGAGGGAAAUCUCGUUAUUAUCCCGGGAAAAUCAGUCGGGUGAGAGCUGACGGCACCUUUGAUGUGUCUUACGACGACGGGGAGUCGGAGACGCGCGUCCUCGCUGAGUAUAUAAAAUCGAGCGGAGGCGGUGGCAGCUCGCGGGGCGACUCUCGCAGCCCGCGGGGGCGCCGGGGAAGCCGCCUGAGCGAGGGCGACUCGAUCGAAGCGCGUUACCGUACGCGACGGCGCGGAAGUUGAAUGGGAUAGGGUUCCGAGCUCACCGUCGAUUACCUCACAGGCGGCCGCAGCAAAUAUUACAAAGGUAAAAUCCGCCGCGACCGCGGUGAUGGGACCUUCGAUAUCGAUUAUGAUGAUGGGGAACAAGAAACGCGCGUGCUAGAGGAGUACAUCCGGCCGCGCGGUGGAAGCGGCGGCGGCCGCGACGUGUCCGUGCCCAAGUUUAGAAGAGGCGAGCGCAUCGAGGCUCGCUAUAGAGGCCGCGCCAAGUACUAUAGAGGCCGCAUCAGUCGUGAACGCGGGGACAGUCUCUACGACAUAGACUAUGACGACGGAGAAAGUGAGACGCGCGUCGCCGCGCACCUCAUCCGGAGCCUCGAGAGCGGCGCGUCGGGGAUAAGUAGCUUGGACUAGGCC